UAAUUGUGAGAAGAAGAUAUUAAACUGUGCCGUCGUCCGUCAUAUCAGUGUUUUCCUUUUUGUUGUCAUUUCAAUUCAAUCAAAUGACAAGUUGUGUUGUUUCUUUUUCACGCUGGCUUGCAUUUCUUUUUUUCAAUUUUUUUUUUGUAUCUCGUCUCAAGUGAAAAUAUUGUGGAAGUCUUAAUUGUGAUCUCGUAGCGGUUCGGUGAGGAGUAAAUUUCUGAAAUUGAAAUAAAUUUGCAAAAAUAAAAUAGAACACACACAAAAGAGACAUACCAAAGUUAAGAAAAAGUUUCGACGUUUUGGAAGUGUUGUUUAGAGAACAAUUGAUAAAUGUGCCAAAACGAAGCGGAAACGGACAUGCGCCCUGCGAGCCGCGACGGCAACUAACAAACAUUUUGGUAUUGGUAGUGGUAAAGUUGGCAGGCAGCACAACAAACACAUGUAAAGACACCCAACCACAACGUCGUUGGCAGCAUUAACUUGGCAGAAAAUAAAUCGUUAAGAGAGAGUGUGGGCAAGUGAGUGAGAGAGAGAAAACUGAAUAACCAAUACACCAAAAAAGAGAAUUUAAGAUAAAUUCUGUUUGGUAAUUUGUUUGAAACGUUAAGAGAGAGCAAAAACCCACCAAACUGGCUCUGAAUACCAAAGAGAUGGCUUUUACACGCCAUCAAAUCGAAAAGAGGCGUCUCAUUGAAUUGGUAAAAGUCAAUCCGAUUUUGUGGGAUUGUCGUUUGCCCCACUACAAACGAUCGGACAAGAAAAAGGCCCUAAAAUGGAAUGAAUUGGGUCGAAUAUUCAAUGUAAAUGGCGAGAGAGUGCAGAGAACCUUUACCUCGCUGAGGGAAAUAUUUCGCCGGGAAUUGAAUCAUGAGAAAAUGUUGGGCAGCCGUUUCAAAUCCAAAUGGGAGUAUUAUGAUGAGAUGGCCUUUCUCAAAGAGGUCAUAAGGGAGAGGAAGUCACGUGAACGCGCCAAAUCCAAUGAUGGCCUAACACCCAGCAACAACAACAACAAUUCCACCACUGGCAUUGAUGAAUAUCAAUAUUUUGCCCCCAAUGAUCCGAAUAAUCCACAGAACCAAACCAUUCCCCUACUGGCCACCGUACCCACAACCUGUCCUCUGGUGUUGCCACCAACAGCCAAUGCCCUUGCCAGCCAAAAUGGUUCGUUGACACCACAAAUACCCAAUAAUCCACCAAACACUCCUGUCUCCACCAUAUCAGGCAAUCAGGUGCCCACCGAUGUCAUUUUGAACCUUAACUCCAGUACCCUGGCAGCUUUGCAAAAACUCAAUGCCAAUGGCAACACUGCAAAUUUACAACCUCCAGCUAGACCGAUUUCUCGGGCCCGUUCCCUAACCAUACGUUCCUGUUCCUCAUCGCCAUCGAUCUAUAUUAAAGAUGAACCUGAUUCGUUGGAUGACACCAUAUCUUUGGCCACCACCACCAAUGGAAAAAUCAAAGACUACAAUAGACCGCUGCAUAAAACCCAUAAAAAUCCCCCCUCAAAACUUGUGACCUCGGGAAAAAAUCUCAACAGUUCAACACAAAAUCUAGUCAUUGAUGAACGGGACUGCAGUGAUAUCGAUGAUGAUCCCGAUGUGGAUAUGUUGGAUGAUGAUCGUCUGUCAAUUUCAACUUCCUUGGUCUCACUGCCCAAGGAAACUGCAACGGGGGGAGCUGGCAAAAAUUCCCACAAACCAAGUCAGCUUUUCCUCAAGCCCUCGGCUCAUGAAAUACUCUAUACGAAAUUUGGUGAAUUUCUGGCGGCACGACUGAAUACCUUGGACGAGACAAUGGCCAAUGAGUUGAUGAACAAAAUACUCAUGCUAAUUGCCGAGAAGUAGGCGACGAGUGGUCUGCGAGUUCCACCUAAUAUUCAUAGUAAUUAAUUUUAGUAUUAUUUAUUAGCAACCAAAUUGGGUUUUUAUUAUCAAAAUCAACUCCAAGAGUUCCAAAUUGAAGUGAAUUGAAUUGUUUUAUAGGUUAAGAAUUAGUUAAUAAUUUUGGAUUUCCAUUUCAAUUUUUUUAUUUUUUCCUUAGUGCCAAAAAAACAAAUUUGUGUAACCAUAAAAGACUCCACUUAGUUGUAUU